UUGAUCAAUUUAAUAUCAAUUUAGAAAAUUCAAUAUUCAGUUUUGUCUCAACUAUAUUUUUAAUGAAAUAAUUUUUACUUUUCUUAUAUUGUAGCUAAACACAGAAUACAGAAGUGAGCAAAAUAGCAUGUUAAGACGUACUUGCCAGCAACGAGAUGCGUCUAUUGUUAAAAAUAUUACCGUGUGUUAGUUUCUGUUGCAUUAUGGUGACUCUAAUGUAUGCCUAUAAUUUUCAUAUCAACCAAGGGAACAUUCAAGCACCAAAUAUAAAAAACUAUAGAGGAAGAAACACAACAAGCAUAAUACAAAAAAAUAAAGAAAAUAACAACAACAACAUCAACAACAACAACAACAACAAAAUUAUCCUUCUUUACACGCCAUUUUUUGGAGACAAAAACUGGCAUGGAUUUAUGCAUCCUGAUAUCAAGCAAUAUUCCAAGACUUGUGGUUGUAAAUACAAAAACUGUCUUGUUUCGAACGAUAAGAAAUUGUUUUUGAAAAGCGAUGCAGUUAUUUUUCACGGGCGUGAUGUUUCGGCAAGAUCACCUAAUUGGGUGGAAUUAAACAAAGCGAGACCAAAGUCACAAAUCUGGGUAUACCUUAUUCUAGAAAACCCGUACAAUACACCAAACACCAAUACGUAUAGUAAAUAUUUUAAUUUGACAUUUUCGUAUAGACAAAGUAGCGAUAUUAUGCGUCCAAGAUCAAGGUUUAGAAAGCUGACUUCAAACGAGAAACGCUCAAUGCUGAAUGUGAAUUAUGCAGCUGGAAAAAAUGAAUUAAUGAACUGGUUUGUCAGCCAUUGCGGCACGUUCCGAGAUCGCGUUAUGCUAGCAUUAGAGAAGUUCGGUGUUGCAAUGUCUAUUGGAGGAAAUUGUUUUAAAAACAAGAAACGUAUCCAUUGCUCAGAUAAACAAUGUUUAAAUGAACAGCGCAAGUUUAAAUUUUACUUCGCUGCUGAAAACGCAUUUUGUGAUGAUUACAUAACAGAAAAAUAUUGGGUGAAACCUUUCAUUGCUGAUCAGGUACCAGUUGUUCUUGGUGGUGCAAACUACACCAGGCUGGCAAUACCUGGUUCAUAUAUAGAUGCAUUUCAGUUUCAAUCAGUGAAACAACUGGCCGAUUAUAUUAAGAUGCUUGAUGGUAAUGAUACAGCAUAUAACCAAUACUUUAAAUGGAAACAAACAUACAAACUUAUUUUCGAAGAUUAUAAAGGUUGCCAUUAUGGAGUGUGCAAAUUGUGCGAGAUUCUGAACAACAAGAACUAUUCAUAUAAGCCGUUAGAUUUAAAGGAAGUCAUCAAUUCUGAAAAAGAAUGCAGGAAGCAAAGUAAUUUUGCUAAUGAGUGGCUUAGCAGGACGAGUUGAGAAGAUUUUCUAUUAGAUAUCAAAUCUAAGUGAAUUAUUAAGGGGCAGUUGAUUCUGCUUCCUUUCAGUUUGUUUUUAAUAACUCUUUUUCGCCCGCUUCAUAGUUCUGAUACGUCCUUAAAUUAAAAGUUAUCUAUAAGAUACAUGCGUGCCAAAUUUUUAUGUCCCAUACGUCUUUAGAGCCGUGGAAAUUUGCUAUUACUCGAAACUACACCUAUAAAAUCCUCAUAAUCGGGAAACUAUAAUAACUUUAGGAUUAUAUUUACAAAUUGUAGCUUACAACACAACUCUAUUUUAUUAAGGGGAAUUAUUGUAAAUUUUGGACAAAGUCGGAUUUUUGGCAUUCUUCUUAUGCCAACUAUGUAAAAACCGGUAAAUAUGUUAAAUAUCUUUUAUUUAACUAUCAAAAACUUCAAACAGAAUUUGUAAAUUCGCUCUAGAACUAAUUUGCUUGAAUUUUAAGAAGAUAGUGGUAUUUUAGAGAAAUUUCUAACUUUCGAUGACGUCACAGAAAAAACGCUGACAUAAACAGAAACUUAUUGCUGCCAUUUUGCUUCUUUCAUACCGUACUGUAAGUGGAUUAAGUUUGAGUCAAUUUGAACCAGUCUAUCAAAAAUUAUUGAGGGGUUUCGAUCAUAAUACGUUUGAAACCUUGGACGGAAUAGGGUUUAACAAGAGCCGUCUGUCCAGCUACCAAAACUACGACGCGCUAAACAUGAAUUACGCACAACGACUAAUACAUCGGUGUCGCUGGGCGCUAUACCCGUCGUUUUAGCUGUGUCUUCCGGAAAUUUUGUAUGAAUAUCGGUCGUUUUUCUAAUCUUACCGCAGUGUAAUAAUCCCGCGUUUUUAUAAUACGCUAUUUGUGAAUAUAAACUGCUGGAUGCUUAAUGGUCUGUUGGGUUAAUGCAACAUGACAUCUUGUGGGAGAAAUAUAGUAGUAAAUAUAGUGUAUAAUGUAGUAUUUUUUUUGUAUAUAAUAUAUAGUAUAUGUUAUAGUAUAUAUAGUAUAGUAUAUACUUUAAGGGCAGAAAUUUUCGCGAUUUUCGCGGUUUUGUCCCCUUUUCGCGAAAAUUUCUGCCCGGUAAAAAAUUUAACCUAAAAUUUGCGAAAGUUAUUAUCGCGAAAAAUCAACUUUUUCAAAAAAUUGCGAAAGUUUUUUCCAAGUUUGAAAAGCGGAAA